CAGGGAGGACCAUGUCUGAGAAGAAAUCCUGGAGUUCAGACACCCGUCCCAAAUGUGGCAUCCGCAGCUGGAGUGCAGACAGCUACGUGUGGAGCAGCAAGAAACGCUCCCGGAGUUCCCGGAACAACCCCGGCCUUUGGGGUCCGGAGGGGGAGGGGCCGAUGGAUGAGCAGGGGGUGCGUUCCACCUCGUGUCCAUGGCAACGGCGAGAGAGGAAGUGUAGCUGCACCGUCUUGGGGGAAAUCGACACGGACGUCCCCUGUCGAAAAGCCCUUUCUCGACGCUCCCUGCGGCAGAAGUUCCAGGAUGCGGUGGGUCAGUGUUUCCCUAUCCGCAACGGCCACCGUCACCACCACGGCCACCCAACAGGGGCCUCCAGGGGGGCUUUCUCCGUGCUCCUCUGGUCCAAGCGCAAGAUCCAUGUCUCGGAGCUCAUGCAGGACAAGUGUCCCUUCUCACCCAAGUCGGAGCUGGCCCACUGCUGGCACCUCAUCAAGAAGCACGCCACCCACCCAAGCACCAUUGUGGGCCUAGAGACUGCCCAAGCUGCUCAGGCUUCCCAGGCUGCCAGCAAAGAACAAUUCCCUUCCACGUCCUCGUCUCCGCCUUCGACGCCUCUUUCCUGCGAGGGCAUCUGCUCAAGUAGGCCCCUGAGCCUUGAGGACUGGGAGCCGUCCUGUCCACAAGGUGGAGCAGCCCAUGGUGACAGCCAUACCGACUACAUCCUUGUCCCGGACCUCCUCCAGAUCAACAACAGCCCGUGUUACUGGGGCGUGCUUGACCGCUUCGAAGCCGAGGAGCUCCUGGAGGGCCAGCCAGAGGGCACCUUCCUCCUGCGCGACUCGGCCCAGGAUGAAUUCCUCUUCUCAGUCAGCUUCCGCCGCUACAGCCGCUCCCUCCAUGCACGCAUUGAGCAGAACGGCAAGCGCUUCAGCUUCGACGGACGCGACCCGUGCAUGUACCGGGACCCGAGUGUCACGGGCCUGCUCCGGCACUACAGCGACCCGGCCACAUGCCUUUUCUUCGAGCCCCUCCUUGCUCUCCCCCUGCCCCGGACUUUCCCCUUCACCCUGCAGCACCUGUGCCGCGCCGUGAUCUGUAGCUGCACUACGUACCAGGGCAUUGAGAUCCUUCCACUGCCCUUUCAGCUCAGGUACUAUCUUAGACAGUACCACUACAAGUGCAAUGGGGCUUGUGCAGUAUAGAACAAUUAUAAUUGCUGACUAUCAUUAUUGUCCCAAGGGUUACUACUCUUCCAUAUUGACAAUGAUUUAUCAGUUUUCAGAGACUUGUGAAGAUCCUGACUGCAAUGGGUGCUUUGUAGACUUUUUUAUUUCCUUGUGGGAAAGUUUAAUCGGACACACAAGAGACUUGAAUGGGUGGGGGAGAGUGAGAUGAUUUGAAUGAAUGUCACAGUGAAUGAUUGCAUUAUUACAGAAGCUAUGAGGAAGUGCGCAUCUUGUUUAAAAACGAUCUCAUCUGGACAAAUGUAACGUCUCAAUACAAUAAUCAUUGCCUCCCCUAUUGCCUUCUUACAGUAACUAAAUGAGCGAUAACACUCAGAAACACUUUUAGUAUGUACAUUUACACAUUUAAUGCAAUAUGUGAGGACAGUUUAAAAGUGGUUACAUGGCCCUCCAACACAUAGUCCUUGUUUUUAUACAGAACUUUUUGGGAUUUUCAUUCUCGUAACUAGAGGAUGCAGAGGGCUGCAGUCUUAUCUGAGGCCACAAGAUGGCAAUAUAAAUGCACUAUUCACACUAAUGGUAUGUUUACAGUUGCAUUACAAGUGGGUUUGUCUUGGUUGCCACAACAUUUCAUGUUUUUUUUUCAGUCCCAGAAAAGUACAUACAGUGCCUUCAGAAAGUAUUCAUACCCCUUGACUUUUUCUGCAUUUUGUUGUGUUACAAAGUGGGAUUAAAAUGGAUUUAAUUCUAAUUUAUUUGU